GCUGCUCUGAACCUCGAACGUCGAGAUCGCCGGGUUUUUCUCUAAUUUUCCGUGUAAUUUAACCAGCCUGCAGCAUGUUUACCGUAAGGACAGCCUUCCGAUUAACCCGAUUGGGACAGCUGAACCGCCACAUCGCCACCGCCAACAGAGCACGGAAUGCGGAAGCGGCCGUGGCUUCGGCUGGUGCCGAGAAACUUACGAUACCGGUGCCGGAGGGAACGGACAAGCCGGCCGACCCGAAACUCGUUUCGAUCGUCGAUAGUAUCGCCAAGCUGAACCUGCUGGAAGUGUCCGAAUUGAGCACGCUGUUGAAACGAAAGCUCAAUCUGCCCGAUACGGCCAUGAUGCCGGUCGGUGGGUUUGGUGCGUUCACGGGCGCUCCGGCACCGGCCGCUGCCGACGAAGAGGAAGCCGCACCGAAAGUGGUGAAGACGACGUUCAAAGUGAAGCUGGUCAAGUUCGACGAGAAGCAAAAGGUGGCGCUCAUCAAGGAGGUGAAGAACCUGCUGGAAGGGAUGAAUCUGGUGCAGGCCAAGAAGUUCGUCGAAAGUGCGCCCACCCUUGUGAAGGAGGACAUCCCGAAGGAGGAGGCGGAAAAACUGAAAGAAGCGUUCACGAAGGUGGGCGCCGUCAUAGAGAUAGAGUAGAAGGGGUGGACGGGACGACCGACAAACGAUUGUAAUUAGCAUUUAAGAGUUAGUAGCAUCCGGCAGGUACGCGAUGGAUUUGCAAUAAAGAUGCCAGAUCACCUGUUUACG